UGGUGCUAAGAUAAAUUCACACCUACCCAACUAAUCGUCUUCCUACAAUCCCUUCUUAUAUAAACACACACGAACACAUUAAUAGCAGACCAAAUCAUAUCUCAACAAUUUCAGAGUAGUUGUUUUAUCUCUUACAGCACAUUUGUCUACUCUCUUUUUGUUUUCUGACCAACCAGAACAACUCUGUAAUGGCAGAGAAACAAGCUCACUUGAAUGGCGCCUCUUACGGUCCAUCAAUCCCACCUCCGCAACACUACCACCGCCCUGGCCGUGGUUCUGACCGUGGCUGCUGCUGUUUCUUGGCCUUCCUCCUCAAAGUCAUCAUCACCGUGGCCAUGCUUAUUGGGCUUUUCAUCCUUAUUAUCUGGCUCAUAUUUCGUCCCAUUAACAAGGUCGAAUUCCAUGUCACAGACGUUGCUUUAACUCAGUUCAACUACACCAACAACAUGCUCCAAUUCAACCUUGCUGCCAACAUCAGUAUCCGCAACCCUAACAAAAAGAUUGGGAUUUACUAUGAUAGGAUAGAGGCCAGGGCAUUUUAUGAGGACCAGAGGUUUGGCUAUCAUGCCUUGACUCCAUUCUAUCAAGGACACAAGAACACAAGUGUCUUGAACGUAGUUUUUAAAGGGCAGCAAGCAGUUACCCUUCAAGGUGAAGAGUUGACACGGUUUAAUCAAGAAAGAACAAGUGGGUUAUAUAGUAUUGCCUUGGAGUUGUCUUUGAGGAUUAGAUUUAAGCUUGGUAAGGUCAAGACUGCAAGGUUCAAGCCCAAGGUUGAGUGUGACGAUUUGAAGAUUCCUCUGAACGGAUCUCCUGUUGCUGGGAGUAAUAACAAGUGCGAGAUCAAGUUUUGAUGAUCAUCAUGGUCGCAAAACCUCAUCUUCAUAUUUGAUUCAAUCUUCGAUUGGUUUUGUUUGAUAUUUUUUUUACCCUUAUCAUGCUUUUAUGUUCAUAGUCAGAGACUAUAUUGGAUUUUUUUUCUUCAUUAUGUUGAUGUGUAUAAUUAAUAGAUAUUGAAUUUAGUA